AGUUCCUAAUUUUAUUAUACUUCAUAAUGUUCCUAUAGUUCUUAAUGGUAAUAUACUUCUCAUAGUUUCUAAUAUUCCUGUAGUUCAUAAUGGCAAUACACGUCCUGUAGCUCGUAAUGGUAAUUUACUUCAUAAUGUUUCUAUUGUUCCUGAUAUCCCUAUAGUUCAUAAUGGUAAUAUACUUCAUAAUGUUCCCAUAGUUCGUAAUGUUCCUGUAGUUCCUAAUGGUAAUAUACUUCCUAUGGUUUCUAAUAUUCCUACAGGUCUUAUCGUUUUUGUCCUUCGUUUAUGGAACUAAUUUUUCCAUAAGUUGUGACCGCAAAAUGUCAUUUGACAUCACUCACGCCACCGUUAUUUCUGCUUCUUAUAACUGUGUGGUGUGGUAUAUGUGUACAUUCUGUUUUUGAAGAGUGCCAAAUAUAUUUUCCAUCUUCUCUGUGUGCUCGUUACUCCGUCUGUGAAUAACAAACGUUCAUCUCCGGUUCGAAUUGAUAAAAUCCAUCAGAAUAUUGUGUUUUGCAUCAGCAGCGUAAAACUUAUAACGCAGUGUGAAGUAAAGAGGAGAAUUAUUAAUUCAAAAGUAUAUAGUCACAUUCUGUUGUAAUAUAAAUCUUGGAAGAUGUCUUUGAAUAAUAGCAGUAGCAACAAUAGUUCAAAUAAUAAUCCUGGCGAUGGUGAUCAACCGUACAUGUCCGAUCUUGAUUUGUGGUAUUUAUCCGUUGGUUCUAAUUUAUUUCUUUAUGGAUAUCUAGCUAUUUAUCUCAUCGGUUUUACCGGUCACAUUUUUCAAAUUCUCAUAUUUAUUCGAAAAACAAUGCGAACAGUGUCUACUGGUGUCUGUUUUCUACUUUUAUCCAUUUCCGAUAUGACUUACCUCAUGUUUUCGAUUUAUCUUUUUGUCAAUUAUGGUCUAGGAAUACCGGAUACAUCGCCGUAUGCGGCUACAUGUCGACUACGACAUUUUGGCACUCAGGUUACACAAAACUUUUCUGCUUGGCUACUAAUGACAAUAUCAGUCGAUCGCUUAAUCCGCUCAUUGUUUGCUAUUCGAGCUCAAAUCAUUUGUACACCAAAAAAUGCAUGGGUAGCAUCUGGUAUUUUAUUCACUCUUUCAGUAUUACUCAACUGCCAUUUACUAACACCUAUGUUCGGUCAAAUAUCACCAGGCAACACGUUAUACUGUGGCGCUAAUUUAAAUUAUCCAUCGUAUGUUACUUUCUACAACGAAUAUUGGGCAACAAUCACUGUCAUCACCACUACCUUUCUACCGUCUGCAGUCAUGAUUCUGUCAAUUAUUGGCAUUGCAUUAGGCAUUCGUUCACGACAACAUCGCAUUCAGCCAGUUGUCGGUAGUACACGUCAAGAAAAACAUCAAGCGAAAAAAUUUAGUUUUGUUCAAAAACAAAUGUUUAUAUUGAUGGCUGCUAGUGUAGCCAUUUUCAUAUUCACUACUCUGCCCAUUUCCCUCUAUGAAGCAAUUGUGCCAACACUGACAACGUCCAGUUCAUUUGGUCUCGUUAUUCUUCUAACGGCUGUCUUUGAUCUUAUCACAAAAAUAAAUUAUUCAACAACCUUUUACUUACAUUCACUCACAAGCAAGUUGUUUCGGGAAGAGUUUCUCAAAGUUAUUCAUUGUUUCACGAGACGUGUGCAACUGAAAACAACCGGUGGUGGAGGACAUACGGUCACUGGUUUAAUGUCAAAACCUGAAAAGACAAACACACGUGCGAAUACAUUUGAGUUUCAAAGAAGCCAUGCAAUCGGCAAUUAA